AUGUGGAUGUGCUGCAACAAAACCAUCAUUCUUAACACCAAGAAUAACUCAAGGUUAUAUGGAACAGCUAAUUCUUGGCCAUGGAUUGUAGCACUUUAUAUAAAUAAUGCUAAAGUAUUUUGUGGAGGAUUUCUUAUAUCUUAUCAACAUGUUGUAACAGCAGCUCAUUGUGUAUUAGGUGUAACACCAAGUACAAUUACAGUUUAUGCUGGUAUACAAACGCUUUCAUCACGAAGUAGUGGUCAAUCUCGUGUUGUUUAUAAUUUAACAACUCAUCCAAGUUAUUCAGCAUCAGAUUUUACAAAUGAUAUAGCUAUACUUACACUUCAAUCAGUCUUUGAUCAAACAUCAAUAGUUGGUAAAUGUUGUUUAACAUUUGUUACUUCAUUACCGAGUAUUGGUGAACAUGCUGUUAUUGUUGGUUGGGGAGUAACAUCAUCAACUAGUACAACUGUAUCAGAUCAAUUACUUCAAGGUGUUAUUCAAGUUCAAAGCAGUUCAUCAUCAUGUUCUCCUACACCAAGUCGCCUUCAACUUUGUACUGGUUAG